CAUAUCAAAAGAAAAACUUGUUUACCUCUCCCAUUAACAUUAAUAUUUUCUCUUACUAACAGGAACUAAUUUCUACAUCUACAUUAAAUACAAACAGCGGCUUUAACGUUUCCAACUUUAACGUUUCCAAUUUUAUCACAGGUUGAAAGUGGCAAUGAACUUCAAUCCUAUGGACAAUCAGGACGGUAUAUUGAUGUACUGUGCCCAAAGUGAAGAAGGACUUGGCGACUUCGUGGCCCUAAUAGUUAAGGAUGAACGCGUCGAAUUUCGAUACGACAUUGGCUCCGGUCUGGCGAUUAUUAGGUCAAAUCACGUUCUUCAACCUGGCGUGUGGACGCACGUCUCUGUGAACAGAGAUUUCAAGGAGGGGAACUUGACUAUAAACGGAGAGCCAACGAUUGGAGGAAAGUCUCCGGGAACAGCCCGCACCAUGACGCUCAAUACACUUCUUUACAUUGGAGGUGUUGAUCGCAGGAGAAUCACGGUGAACAGAAAUGCUGGGGUGGACAGAACUUUCCGUGGUUGCAUCAGUGAUCUCGGAGUGUCCUCGAUGAACGUAGAUAUACUGAAGUCAGCCUGGGAUUCAGCAAACAUAGACGAUUGUAACGUUCUGCAUCCUAAUCAGACCAAACUGACUACUGUGAUCACUACUCCACCGUCAACUACAACUCCCUAUGAUCCAUGUGCCUCCAAUCCUUGCAUUCACGGGAUGUGUCAGAGCACUGAUUCAUAUGACUACUCGUGUACCUGUGAAUACGGCUACGUGGGAAGAAACUGUGAGAAUAUUCUAAAGCAAUGUGAACUGCUUCUUCCCUGUAGAAACGGAGGUACGUGCACGGACCUCCACGGAUCAUACAAAUGUGAUUGUCGACUGGGCUUCACUGGGCAGAAUUGUGAAAAGUUGACAGAGGUGACUUACGAUGUUGCGUUCAGAGGAGACGGUUGGUUGGAAUUAGAUAAAUCGGUGAUGAUUCACGAAGAAGAGCGCGAGGUGCUAGGUUUUGAAAUUUCAACGAAUAAGACCAAAGGAUUGAUCAUGUGGUAUGGACAGACACCAAAUGAUUUAAAUCCUGAUCAUUACAUGGCUCUUGCCGUGGUUGAUGGUUAUGUAGAAUAUCAGUAUGACUUGGGUACGGGACCAGUUGUGAUUCGUGUCACUGCACAGAAGGUAGACGAUGGGGAACGGCAUAGGAUAAUCCUAAAGCGACAAGGCAGCGAUGGAAGUAUAGAAUUAAAUGGGGAACACAUGGAGAGUGGUGCCAGUUAUGGGACACAGCAAGAUCUGAAUGCCAGGGGUAGCGUGUACUUAGGAGGAGUGCCUGACUAUGCCAUGACCUAUGGAAAAUAUCAAGAAGGAUUCUCUGGCUGUAUUUACGCCAUGGAGGUACAAGAUUCUGGGGCCAUAGACAUUGGAGAGAAAGCAAUAAGGGGGAAAAACGUUUCACCGUGCACUAGAGCAAGAUGGAUACCUUCUUCUUUGGUAUUUACUAAUGCGGACACGGAUAUCUUUGAUGCGUUUGUUCCUCCACCUCCUGUCAAUAUAAUCCACCCUAAACCAGCGGCGAAUUUAGCCGCGUACAAUAUCAAACGUUAUUCGUUGUUAAUAAUACUUCAAAAUUUGCUCGCAAUCACCAUGAAUAUUCGGGAGCAGAGCGUGCUUUUCACAGUAUUAUGCAUAGACACUAUAAACGCGAUGAAAUGUAUACUGUGUUAGGUCUUGCUUAAGUGAAUAUGUGCCCCUUCAUUAAUCGCUUAACAAUGAAGAGACACGUAUUCAAUGGCAACUUGCAAAAUUAAUCCAGUUUGUAUAUUGUUCAAUGCUUCGUUAACGUCGGGGGGUAAGAUGAAUUAUUAAAAUUUUAACAAUCAGAGAUUAUUAUUAUUUUAGUAACUUUUUUUCUUUAUUUCUAUGUGUUUUAUAGUCAUUUGGGCGAUAGACUUCCAACGAGAGGCGACCUUGGAAAGAUAUGGAAGUGGUUUGUUUGAAUUAUGGGACAGUUAUUACCCACAUUGUAAAAACAGGUGAUACAUACAAGCGUUUUAUAUCUGUACAUGUAUAGGACACGUUUCUGAUAACAUUUUAUGACCAAAUUAACUACUUUUAUACAGUUUUUUGGUUUGAUAUAAAGUAUGAUAGAUUCUUUCCUCAUUUUCCCUCCUAUUGUUUACAUUUAUUACUGUAAAUAAUCCCUUCUUUUAUUAUUUAGAUUUUAUUCAACAAUACCUUUAAAUUGACUGCGUCAUAUUCAAGAUGUGAAUAUUGAGGCGCUAGAAUAGAUGGCAAUAAUAUUAUAUUACAUCACACAUAAGUUUCCACUGCCAUUAUCUGAUUUGUUAAUUCCCGAUCUUUCCACUAAGCAUUAGCAAUGGCUUGUAAUUCUCGUUAUAAUGUUAUAACAGUUUAUCUUUGAAGUGAGAAUAAGGCUUAUUUUAAACGUACAGAAAAUCAUGAAAAAGUUAUAUACUGAAGUGAAAUUUUCCUGGACCAACGAUUGGCCCUGUUAUUGAUAAAUAGUUUGACGACUUCUGUACCAGAUGUUUCUUCUUUCUUUUUAUUGAAACACUUUAAACUCCAUUUAUGUGAUAUUAAUGAAGGAAAGUUACUUGCAAAUAUUCGCAUAGUUAAGACACGGUGCUAGUAAGAUGUGCUGCUAGUUCUAAGGAAAUUUAUAUUCAAUGAAAAUGCGACGAACGUGUAAAUACUUACAGUCUCCCAAA